AAUUUAUCCAAACACAUUCCUAUCAAAGAAGCAGCCUUUAUCGUCCAAUGGCUUCUCCAAUCACGAAGCUGGAGUACCGAAUCUUAGGGCAGACGGGCCUACAGCUCAGCUUUGUAGGCUUCGGAGCAUCUCCCCUUGGCCGUGUCUUUGGUCCCGUUUCUGAAGACGACGGGAUCGCCUCCGUCCGUGAAGCCUUCCGUCUCGGCAUCAAUUUCUUCGAUACCUCGCCGUUCUAUGGAGGAACACUAUCGGAAAAGGUGCUCGGUAAGGGACUUAAAGCUCUAGGAGUACCUAGAAAUGAGUAUAUCGUGUCAACAAAGUGUGGACGCUAUGUUGAGGGUUUCGACUUCAGUGCUGAGAGAGUGACUAGGAGUAUUGAUGAGAGCUUGGCAAGGUUGCAGCUUGAUUAUGUUGAUAUACUGCAUUGCCAUGACAUUGAAUUUGGGUCUCUUGAUCAGAUAGUGAGUGAGACAAUCCCUGCCCUCCAGAAACUGAAGGAAGCAGGGAAGACUCGUUUCAUUGGUAUCACUGGGCUUCCAUUAGACAUUUUCACAUAUGUGCUUGAUCGGGUGCCACCAGGCACAAUUGAUGUGAUUUUGUCAUAUUGCCACUAUAGUAUUAAUGAUUCAACAUUGGAGGAUUUAUUACCUUACUUGAAGAGUAAGGGUGUUGGUAUAAUCAGUGCUUCUCCACUAGCAAUGGGACUCCUUACAGAGUCUGGUCCUCCAGAGUGGCAUCCUGCAUCAUCUGAGCUUAAGUCUGCAUGCCAAAGUGCUGCUUCCUACUGUAAAGAGAAAGGAAAGAAUAUUUCAAAGUUAGCUAUGCAAUACAGCUUGUUAAACAAGGAUAUUUCUACAGUGUUGGUUGGCAUGAAUUCUAUUAAACAGGUGGAGGAAAAUGUUAGAGCUGCUACAGAGCUUUUUGCAAUUGGUGUAGACAGUGAGACACUAGCAGAGGUCGAAGCCAUCCUCAAACCUGUAAAGAAUCUGACAUGGCCAAGUGGAGUUCAGAAGAGCUGACCUCCUUGGAAACCUGCUAGAAUUUGCUUGUAUGUUUAAUAUUAUGUUUCUAAAAGUGCCUACAUUGUUAAUUCUGCAGGAAUAUCUAACUACCAAGCGAAGGAGCUCUUUUGCUCAUUGCCCCUACUGGAAAAACUUGAUCCAUAAACAGAAGAUUCAUUCAAGUUUUAUAAGUAUUAAUAUGUGAAUAAGGUUCAAGUUUUUAAGUUAAAAUGGAUUGAGUUACUUCUGUUUUUAUAAAAUAAGUCAGAUGGGAAUGUUUAGUAGUGUUGGAGCACAAUAAUGGACAAAUCUUAUCAUAUAAUAUUAUGUUUGUAUGAAAA